AUGUCCGUUCCGUCGACCACGUGGUUCUCGUCCUCCUCCCACGUGGUCGUCGCUGCGCUUCUCUGCGUCAUUGCGGCGCGUGCUGCCGCUGCGGAGUGUCUGGUUGGUUCCGGAUUCUACGGAGUUGAUUGCACCGCGUGCCCUGUGUGUCAGAACCUUGGCACGUGCAAAGACGGGCCCGAGGGUGACGGCACGUGCGCCUGCCCGCCCACCACCACGGGGCCUCUCUGCGAGCUCUGCGCGCCCAACUACGACCCUGACACCAAGUGCACCACCAUCCUGGACGCCUGUGCAUCGUACCUAAAUGACACGGCUGCAGAGGACAGCGCGUUCGCCAAGUGGUGCAAGAUGCGACCCAAUGGGGAGUGCAUUACUGAUUUCGACGCCGUGCCGACCCGCUCGACCUGCGGGUGCCAGGCGGGAUUCACCCUUGACGAGGCGACCCAAACAUGUCUUGAUGUUAACGAGUGCAAGAUGAGGCCUUGCGUGGAUGUGAAGUACUCUGUUUGCAUCAAUCUGGUGGGGACAUACAACUGCACGUGCGCAAAAGGUUAUGUGGCUACAUCUGUUGAUUCUCUUAACAUCGUUCGCACAUGUGAGAAGCCAGUUCCUCCUGUGACGACCAAGGUCAUGUUUCCUAUGCCAUGA